UUGUUUGGGGUGCUCAUGAUGAAAAUUUCAGUGGCUGAAGCAUCAACUUCCCCAUACUUGGUUUAGUUUUCUUUUCUUUUGGAAGCCUUGAACAGAUUAGAUUUUGAGUACCCAGAGCUCCAAAUUUUAUUUAAUCUUGUUCUUUCUAGUUUUCUCUUUUUUGUAAGGCAAACCCAAAAAGCAUGGCGGAUGCAAUUGUCAGUGUGUUCUUGGAGAAGCUUUUAAACACUCUUGCAGAGGAAGGUCUCUAUGUGACCAAAUUCAGGGAACAAUUUGAAAAGCUACAAACUGAACUUCAAUUGAUGCAAUGUUUCCUCAAGGACGCAGAUAGGUUGAAGAGGAAGAACGAUACUAUAAACAAGGUCUUGGCCGUCCUGCGAGAGUUGAUUUAUGAAGCUGAAGAUAUACUAGCGGAUUGCCAACUUCAGUCAAGGGAUGAUGCCUUAUUCUCCAAUGGCUGCUUAACUUGUAUCUCUCCACCAAUCCUUCAUUUCAAGCAUCAAAAUGGGAAGCGUAUCAAGGAAAUUAUUGGGGAAAUUACCCAGAUUAAACAGAACAUCCAAUCACUCCUUGGUGGGACUCUUUUGUUCCAACCAAAUGCCAUAAAUGGAAAGGACCAAAUGCCCAGAUGGAGCUCUCAAGUGUAUGAUCACACUAUGGUUGUUGGACUAGAAGCUGAUACUAAGAAGAUUAAAGACUGGUUAUUUGAAGCGGCUCGUGAAGGGAAGCAGGAAAUACUAGCAAUUGGAGUUGUUGGAAUGGGUGGAUUGGGCAAGACCACAAUUUCUCAGAAAGUGUACAAUGAAAAAGAAAUAGAUGAUCACUUUGAUAGGAGAAUGUGGGUUUCAGUCUCUCAGACAUUUACUGAAGAACAAAUCAUGAGAAGUAUGUUGAGAAAUUUAGGUGAUGCUAGUGUCGGGGAUGAUGCAAAUGAACUGUUGAAAAAGAUAAACCAAUAUCUCUUAGGCAAGAGGUAUUUGAUCGUGAUGGAUGAUGUGUGGGGUGAAGAUGUUGCAUGGUGGGGACGAAUUUCUCAAGGGUUGCCUAAAGGAAACGGUAGUUGUGUCAUCAUCACAACGAGAAAUGAGAGGGUUUCAAGGAAGAUGGGAGUGAAGGAAACAAGGAUUCAUAGACCUAAAUUCCUCAACAAAGAUUACAGUUGGCUUCUGUUUCAGAAGAUAGCCUUUGCUGCAAGUGAAGGUCAGUGUAUCUAUCCCGAUUUAGAAGAUGUUGGAAAAGAGAUAGUCGACAAGUGUGAGGGUCUUCCCUUGGCUAUCAAAGCUGUGGGAGGAAUGAUGCUUUGUAAAGCAUCAUACUAUCAUGAAUGGAGGCGAAUUGCAGAUCAUUUUCGAGAUGAAUUGGCAGAAAAUGAUGACUCUGUCAUGGCUUCAUUGCAGUUGAGUUAUGAUGAGCUCCCUCCUUACUUGAAGUCAUGCUUCCUUAGUUUCUCUCUUUAUCCAGAUGACUGUGUCAUAACAAAACAGCAAGUAGUUCAUUGGUGGAUUGGUGAGGGAUUUGUCCCAUAGAGAAGUGGCAGAUCUUCAACUGAUGCUGGUGAAGAUUGUUUCUCAGGGUUGAUAAAUCGAUGUUUGAUAGAGGUUGUUGACAAGACUUACAAUGGAACAAUUUUAACGUGCAAAAUGCAUGAUAUGGUUCGCGAAUUGGUCAUUAAAAUAGCAAAAGAUGACACAUUUUCCGUAACAAACAAUACUAAUUGCCGCCACUCUGGGAUUACCAACAACAUGGACAGAAAGCAGCUUACCGCUAAUCCGAAGUUAAGGGGAUUGGUGUCCACAACCAAAAGUGGUGAAGUCAACAAGAUUGAAUCAAGUACUGCAAAGAAACUUAGUGAGUUCCGAUACUUGAGAGUUCUAGAUGUUUCAAAAUCAAUCUUUGAAUUGCCUAUCAGUAGCUUGUUAUUUCAUAUCGGUUCACUUCAUCAUCUAACUUAUCUCAGUUUAAGCAACACUCAUCCUUUGAUUGAACUCCCAGCGUCCUUGGAAAAACUCACCAACCUUCAGAUUUUGGACUUGAGUUAUUGUCAAAAUCUUAGAACUUUGCCUCAUAACCUCAUUACAUUAAGAAAGCUCAAGGUUUUAGAUGUCAGUAAUUGUGGUUCACUUGAAUGCUUGCCAAAAGGUUUGGGGAGGCUUUCAAACCUUGAAGUAUUGUUGGGAUUUAGACCUGCAAGAUCUAGCCAUGGUUGCCGUAUCGGAGAAUUAAGGAACUUGACACGAUUGAGGAUACUUGGAUUACAUCUAACACAUGCUGAUGAAGUUGAAGAGAACGAGGUUAAUGCAAUGGCGAACCUACAUGAUCUGGAGAAUCUGUCAAUAAGUUGCUUUGAUAGUCAUGGGAGUGAUCUAACCUCAAAACUUGACAAACUCUAUCCGCCACAACAACUCUAUGAGUUGUCCCUCAAGUUCUAUCCAGGAAAGAUGAGUCCAGCUUGGCUCAAUCCUAUAGCACUUCCUUUGCUCAAGUACCUCUCAAUCUCAUCUGGAAAUCUUGAAAAUGUGAAUCAAAACUUUUGGGGAUACAACAACAUUGUUUGGAAGAUCCAAGGGUUAAUGUUGGAAUCACUUUCGGAUUUGGAAUUAGAAUGGCCAAUGUUGCAAGAAGCGAUGCAAAGUUUGAGAAUUGUGAAUGUUAGUUGGUGUCCGGAAUUGGUGUCUUUCCCAAUUGAUGAUGUUGGCUUCAGAGGUGGAGUAUGGAUCAAGGGAUAAGCACAAGCAUUAAAUCUAGAACUAAUGUUGACAUUCAUGUCCACAAAUGCAGCGGGUUUUAUUAUUAUUAUUAUUAUUAUUAUGUAACAAAGGGUACUUGAUUGGAUUUUCAAAAUUUCUUUUUGAGGGUGGAUUAUCAAAUUUAAAGAUUUUAACAUGGUUGUAUAUUCAUAUCAUAUAAUCCUAUCUACAGUCUAAAUUGUACCGUGGGAGAACCUUUUAGUGCUUUGGAUGAACAGCCCAAUGUUGACAUCAAGUGGGGUAAUACAAACUUUAUUUUUUUA